AUGGAGACCACUUACGGUGAAGCGAUAGACUUAAAGCUCUGGUAUUUGAAGUUAGCACGUGGUCUCAAGACGGUGCGAGUGGCUGGCUUUCGAGCGCUUGAUGAAAACAAUUUGCAGAAAUACAUAUCCAGUCCGAUUGUGGGAAGAGAAUCAGCCGUUUGUGUUUUCUCCAAAAAUCAUGCCUACCGUCUUCUCGGUUCAAUGGAUGAGGAAGCAGCCGAAAUGGAUGGCUUCCCUCGAGAACUGGUCUCAUUCUUUCGCAAUGGAUUUCCGGUCAAUUGGGAGGAGCUGCUGGUUGAAUAUUUUGAAGAGGCUUCUUUCGACAAGUCUCAAUGGGCACCUGAUGGAGAAACAGCACAGCGGACGGUAAUUGGAUCUAGAGUACGGUCGAGCUACGGUCAGCAUUAUGCAACGUUUGCUGAUAACACUGCAACUGCCCCACGACGAAGCAUUCUACGAAAAUCAUUACUGGCAACAGUGAUUGACAACGACGAGCCUUUGUCAAAGAGUGUCAAACGAAAAAGUGUGCAAAUUGUCGCUCCAAUUGAAGAUCGUGAAGAAGAAAGAAUAGAAAGAGGCCGAGAUCAAGGAAGAACCGAUGAAACCACGAGAACUCCUAAAACGAUCUCUUCGAACACGCCAACAGCGCUUUCGAAUUGCCCUAAAGUGGCAGCUAUUUUAGAUAGAGCACAGAAACAACCCGUGAUAGAGCUCAACUUUUGGAUGUUUAUCUUUGUUGCUGAAAAGACAACGCCAACAAUUCAUCUGAAAGGCCACGCUUAUGACGAAGAAGCACGAGAAUGGACUCCGGUGCAAACCACAGAGAUUGCGCAUGUGGAUGAAGAGGAUCGAAAAAUUGUCUAUACGAAGAAUGCAUCAAGAUACAAGUUGGCUGUGAUGGAUGAUGUGGAUAACUAUGGCUUGCCUAAAUGGGUAGACGAAACGUUUGCGCAGGGAUUCCCAAACAAUUGGAAGCAACAACUAUUAGGAAUCUACUAUGAUUUCGUGCCAGCAGCCGACAUCGAGAAAGAACUUAGCGGUAAAAGAGAAGACGACACACUCAAAAAGCGACGCUCUCUUCGACUCAGCUUUCCGGAUACUGCGGAACACGCCAAUUCAAAAACAAAUAUGAAGCAGAAGAAAAAUGAAGAAGAGCCGCCGGAGACUUCAGAUGACGAAGAGGAAUUAAUGAGAGCGGCAAGACGCGUUGAAAGAAGGAUGCGGAAAGAGAAGAAACGGAAGAAGAUGAUGAAGAAAAGGCUUUCUAUGGUGCCCGAACAGGAUCCAAAUGAGGACACACAAACGGACAAAGAUGACGCUCUCUUUAAACGACCCUUUGCUAUGAAUCCAGUCAACCGCAAGCGAACAAUUAGUCCACAAGUGGCGCGCAAAGCAAUCAUUCCAGGGAUAACAAGAACUGAAGAUCUGAAAACAACUCGCUCGGGUCGCCUUGUCCACAGUCCGCUGGCUCAAUGGGCCGGAGAAUAUAAGAUUUUCGACAAAGAUGGGAAUCUCAUUGGAGUUGAUGGAAUAAUAACACAAACACAAAUGACCAUUUCUCGCAAGUCGGGCGCUGAUGCGGCAUCAAUCGGCCAAUUUUAUGGAUGUGCAGCAUCACCACUCCGAAAGACCAAACAAGCGCAAAAGUUUUUGCAAAGACCGGAAGAGGAGCCGAAAGUGAUCAGAAAGAAAACUGUCAAGAGACGCGAGGAAGAGUUUGACGACUCCAUGUACACAAAUGAAGAGGACUCCUGCAUUGAACACUUGAAAGCCGAAUUCGGAUAUAGCGCGUCUCCAGUCACACCAGGAGGACCACUCCGAAAGCGGGCAUUUAACACGCAGAUAUGCUCUGACGAAUCGGAAGAAAGUGAUUAUGAACCGGAGAAGCCGAAAAAGAAGAAGCGCAGUAGCGAAAAACGAAUUAAAGAUCCGAACGAUCCUGUCUUUAUUGCCAAACAACGAGAAACACUCAUGAAUAACAUUACUCAAACGGAACUGCAUCGCUUCAAGCUUGGUCUAAAGAUGAACAACCCGACAAGCGACCGGGAAUGGCAGGCAUUGGCCAUAAAACUGAAGCCGAAAUUGGACAUCGAUGCAUGGAAAAAAUUGGCCGAGACACGUCUAAAUUGGAAGCCAAAGGUAGAAGAAAAGACGAGAGAUGCAUCAGCUGCUUCAUCAAGAAUUACCGCUCGACAAGGAACCAUUGCCUACCAGUUGCAAGCCGAUAAAUUUACUAGGGACUAUGUGCGCACCGGUGGCAAUGAUGAUUAUUUUGAGGCAAACAAGGAAAACACGAGUCUUGAUGAGGAAACAACUAACGUAUUUGAUGCAGACGACUCAAUUAUCGAGCUUAUGACUACACCGAAUCCUCCACCUGCAAAAGGCAAAAAUGGAAAAGGAAAAACGGGCAGCAAAGGAUCACAGCUUGCACUGAGAAAGAGAAAUGCGACGCGAGGGCGAGAUAAUGGCCUUAUGGAUUUGAUCGAGCAGGAAGAAGAAACGGGAGUUACGGGCGGCCCUCGAGCAUCAUUCACACCAACAAUUGAUAGCACAAAGAGGGAGAAUAAUCAACGAUACAUUUCUCAUUUGAGAAAUCAAUCGACAAUCAACUCGUCCAAUUCGUUCUUCUAUGGGAAAUAU